CAGGUUGCUUCGUUUCCUCUCCUUGGUGUGGGCUGACCUUGUGGUCUUUCUUUGGACCUUAAUAUUUAGUUUGUAGCUGGGCCGUUUUGUUGGGCCUCUCGUAAAUUUAGAUCUUUGUUUAAUAAAUUUCCAGUUGGCAAAAAAAAAAAAAAAAAAGAAUAACUUUAAGCUUUGGAAUCAGUAAAGAUCAAAUUUCACCGCUUCAUCAAAUUAGAUUCCAAUGAAAAAAAAAACUAAAAGCUUUUGUCUUACAUGGGUCUAAUCUCAUUGUCUUGUCUGGUUUUGUUUUCGGUUAUAGCAGAACAAAGUUUUGAAAGCUUUUGUACAUGGGUUUAAUCUCACUGUCUGGUUUUGUUUUUCAAUCUCACUGUCUGAUUCUGUUUUGGUCAUAGUAGAACAAAGUUGAAAGCUUUUGUCUACUUGGGUCUAAAUCUCAUUAUCUGAGUUUGUUUUCGAUUGUAUCAGAACAAAGCUGAGGCUUUUUUUGGGGCUUUAUGAUGCUUAAAUCAAAUAAAAAAACAGUCGGAAGGCCAAGAGGGAGAAGAGAUUUUAUGUCAAUCCUCUUCGAGUUCUUUUGGUGAUUCAAUGUGUGCUCGUGAUGAUGAUGAUGGUUUUGAAGCCGAAUCUAUGUUAAGCAAAGAUUACCCAUUACCUGAGAGUUGUAGUAUUGGUACUGAGCUUUUGGGUUUGAGGAAGAAGAAGGUGACGGAUGAGUGGAGGAGGUUUAGACAGCCUUUAAUGUGGAGGUGCAAGUGGUUAGAGCUCAAGGUUAAGGAAAUAGAGUCUCAAGCAAGAGGGUAUGAUAAAGAAAUCCAAAGCUACUAUCAGAGCAAACAGUUUGAUUUGGAGAAGUCGAAACCUUGUUAUGGUGAUGAUCAAACUCAGAGAAAGAGUGUUGUUUUCAAGAGAGGAAGAAGGAGACGUGUGGAAGAGACAACAGAUGUUUCUGCUUAUAUCUCCAACCAUAACGUUUUCUCUUAUGCCGAAAAGAGGAAGCCAACAACUCUUAAACCUCAGUGUCCUGUUCCUGAUUUUGGUGCAGGCCGCAAGGAAGAUGAGAGUGAAGAUGAUUGUUUUGUUUGUGAGUCACAUUGUUCUGAUGAUCUCCUAGGCGAGAUACUGUGUAAGAUUGAUGAGGCGCAGGAUAAAGCAAAGAGAUUGAAGGAAGAAGCGUGUCGAUGAGCUGAUGAUGAUGUGCAAGUCUCAUACAUCAUCGAUGCCUCGAACCAUAGCUCGAUCUAGGAGUGACGUUACGGCUAAUAAUCCGAGAGAAGGGACUGUGCAAAUUGGAAGGCAACGUGUAUCUGCUGAUCAUAGUGAAGAUGUAUUGAUGAUAGAUACCUCAAGCUCCUCCUCCUUUUGAAGUUGAUGGGCAGUUUUUGUUUAACAACUCUCCAAAUCCAUAUGGAGGAUUGAGAUUUCCCACAAUCGAAGAUAUGCUGAUGGAUGGAGAUGAAUAUGAAGGAGAACCGGACAAAGACGAGCUUGAUCAUUGUUUCAUGAAGCUAAUGAAUGAGUUUGGAGAAGAGACCAUCAUGUCAGAAGAAGAAGAAGAAGAUAAUGAUGUUAUACCGCCUCACUAAGAGGGCAUAAAACCUCCUCCCCUCAAUGAAAAGCUCUUUCUCUAUUGUGUACAGAGCCUUUUGUCCUCAUGCCUCUUAGUAAUAUUGGUGGUAUAUUAUGUUCAUUCUUCCCUCUCUCUACUUAACUCUUUGCAUUUGGUUUCUUUUUGAGAAGUUUGAGACCAGAAUAGGUUUCAGGGUUUGUACAUAGCAUAAGUGACUUAUCAUCCUAUCAUUCAUAGGCUAUUUUUAUUGUUC